AACCGGUUUGUUCCUGAAAUUUGGUAAAGACUUUUGUCUUAAAUGUAAACACUGUGAUCUUCCGGCGCUCAAACCUGUACGUAAGUGUACCAAUAACUUAUACAGCGAUAACCGCGUUUUCGACCUGCUAUUUACUUUCUCACACACUAGGCCAAAUUUAGCCUUAUUUUGGACCUAAGUCUUUAAUUGCGAAUACAAUGGACUCGUGCAAAGUUGUGAUUGUAGGCGCUGGCAUUGCAGGGAUAUCGGCAGCAAGUCGUCUGUGUGAAGCCGGAUGCGGAAACGUUGUGAUCCUCGAGGCUUCAGACAGAAUCGGCGGUCGCAUUCAUACGGUGCAAUUUGGCGACGAUGAAAUGCCGAUUGAGAUGGGUGCUAACUGGAUUCAUGGGUCUUCUCACGCGAAUUCAGUGUUCUCAAUUGCUGACCAAAUCGGAGCCAUUACUCCAUAUCGGCUGGACAACACCGCUAGUCAUCGAUUCCUGCGCGAAGAUGGGACAGAGAUUGACAGACAGAGCGUCUUGACUGGCUACAAUAUCUUCAAGAAAGCAGAGCAUGAGAUGUACAGUCAAAUGAAAGCGCUAAAGCCCGAAAACGGGAAGCCCGUGUAUAUUCCAAUAACCCGUUACUUGCAGUUGUUUGAUCAAGAAAGACAACAACUGAAACCAGACCAGAACGUCGCUGACAUCACAUUGGUGCUGACUGCCUUUGAAAAUUACAUUCGAAACCACGAGGGUGACGAACUAGAGAGGAUUGCCUGGGAGGGAAGUUCCAGUUGGAACGUUGAAGAGGGAGGCGAGAUUCAUAUUCCUGGCGGAUACGUACAAAUCCUGCAGCACCUGAUGAAAGGAAUUCCGAGAUCGGCGCUCAAGCUGAACUCGGAGGUCACUAAAAUCUCUUAUGCAAAAGGUGGUCGAAAAACACUGGUUACCAUAAAGAACGGUGCGCAAUACGAGGCUGAUCACGUGAUUGUCACGUGUUCCAUUGGUUACUUGAAAAAGCACAUGGGCACGUUGUUCGAUCCACCAUUACCGAUAGAGAAGUCGCGUACAAUUAGGUCCAUUGGAAUGGGACGCAUGAACAAGAUCUUCCUGGAAUUUGAGUCUCCCGUGACAAAGCCAUCUUACAACGGUAUCAUCCUUGCAUGGAAAGACAGUAAAGUUGAUAAGGCGACAUGGUACAAGAGGAUAUUAGGGUUUGACCAAGUAUUUACGAAGGACAACACCAUUCUUGGGUGGGUUGCUGGGGACGGUGCGGAAUAUAUGGAAGAUCUGAGUGACGAUGAGAUUGGAAUCACAUGUGUGAAGAUUUUGAAGCAGUUUAUGGGACGCGCAGACCUCCCGCGGCUGAAGGCGAUCCGUGUAUCCCGGUGGUGCUCCAAUCCGUACACGCUGGGCUCGUAUUCCCACCAGACCGAGAGGCUGACACCGGGGGAACAAGAGGACCUGGCCAGGCCUGUGCGAUGCCCGCUUUCCAAGAAGCCCCUUCUUAUGUUUGCAGGGGAGGCUCUCGUGAACGCGUGCACUCAAGGGGCGCGAGAUACGGCACUCAGCGCAGCGUCUGCCAUUAUUGAGCACUACACGACUUCUAAACUCUGAGCUACCAGUAGUUCAUAUGUUCACGGCGAUAAAUGUUCGAAUAUAUUUUGAAUUCGCCGCUGUGAAUACACGACAAUCAACAAUAGGACAAGUUCUGUGAUGAUGGUGAAUAAUACGUUACCAAUAGCCGAAGUAUUUUGUUAACAGUCAUUACCGGUCGUCAUAAUUUUAUGUUACAAAUAUAUCAUUUAACUUAA